GAUUGCUCAAAGAAAUAAAAAGUCACAAGAGUAGGCCUCAGUACUUUUCUGAUAGCUCCAACUCUACACAUAUAGGAUAAGAGGGAAGAUUCCUAACCUUAUCAUUAUUCAUACAUACAAAGUCUACAUGUGGCACAAAAUAGGAGUACUGCAGAAACAAGGUUGAUCAAACUGCAAUGCACGGCCAAGUUUCUCAAGAGACUCUGGUGGCCGUGGCUGCUAGCACCGUGUGGGGCGUCUACCGAGGCCUAGAACUCGGCAGGCUGGUCGAUGAACUACUCCCUGAUGUUAUUGGCAGGGUAGAAGUCGUCGAGGGCGAUGGAGGUGUUGGCACCAUUGUAAAGCUUACAUUUCCACCAGGAACACUUGGGGCUGGUUAUCUAAAGGAAAUAUUUACUAGGAUUGACGACGAGAAGCGCAUUAAGGAAACUGAAAUCAUUGAAGGAGGAUAUAAGGAGCUUGGGUUUCAAGUGUAUCGAAUUCGCCUAGAAAUCAUUGAAAAAGAAGCUGAAUCAGCCAUUAUCCGAUCAACAAUAGAGUAUGUUGUGGAUGACAAGUUUGCUGACAAUGCUUCUCUUGUCACCACCAAGCCAUUAGAAACCAUGGCAGAAGCAAUUGGCAAGUACCUUGCUGAGAAGAAAACCAAAGCCUAGCUAGCUAGAAUGUAUUGAUUUCCUUAAAUUCGCUCUUUACCAGUUUGAAAUAGUUACGCUUUUUUGUAUGUGAGUGAUGAUUAGAAUGCUUGGUGAGAAGAAUCCCAAAGACAAACAAAUAAGAGCUUGAAUUUGUUGUACUAACUUUCAGGUCAGUGAUGCAACAUAUUGUUAACAUAUUUUUGCGCCCGAGGAUAUGGAAAAUGUUGGAAAUUUACCUUC